GAGAAAUGAACUCAGGGCAGCCAACCUUCACUGUAUUGGUGACAGGCGCGAACAGCGCUAACCGUUGCGCCACCGGACCGCUGUGUGUAAGUAAGGGAAGAGCAGUUCACAGAAAUUAUGAGGGCAGAAGAUAACUACGUAUAGACCUCUGCCACAGUUUAUGUGCUCAUUUUUAUGUACCCCGGCCUUUUGUUCAUUUGUCUGUGUGUGUUUUCUGUUCUGUUUUUUUAGCAUUACAGCCGUGCUUAAAACUAUUUUGUUGCUCUUUGUGUCUCCAGUCUCUGGGUUGUCGCUCAAAGUGAGAGCUUCGAGUUGCUUCUUGUCAAACAUUCUCUUUAGUCGUUCAGUGUCAUUUCGACAUCAGCACAAGGACAUCAUGAACUUCCAUCGAGUGAAUUGGAAGACUUUUACUUGGUUUCUGACCCUCGUUGUGCCUGCGGUCUCAUCAAAUCCUGUGUGUGACGUCAUUUCCGCUUCGGCCGUUGAAGGCGAUCCUGCUGGGGCUGUUACUCAAGUUCUUGAGAAGUACGAGGGCGCCUUGCUGCUCCUCCUAGGUUUCGGAGGGAUUUCGGUUCUGGUUGCUGCGUCCUACAACAUCAUCCGCUCCUACGUCUUUCGCGACGUCAGCAGCCUGGACUCGGCGUUUGACGCCGGCGGUCGCGUGACCACGAGUCUGACGGCUGUGACGGUGGGGAUGCAGCUGCUGUGGCCGGCAGACUUCCUACAGAGUGCAACGGUCACUGUCAGGCUCGGCAUUGCGGGUGCCUUCUGGUAUUCAGCGGCCGUCGCGACGGUCAUCCUGCUCUUCCCCCUCCUGUCGGUGGAGUUCAAAACUCGAGCACCCGGUGCUAAAACAUACCUGCAGGUGAUCAAAGCCCGUUUUGGGCAAAAGACUCAUGUUGUAUUUUGCUGCUUUGCUUUGCUAAUCAACGCAAUAGUUCUCUCGGCAAUCAUUAUCAGCGGCUCAGACCUCUUUCAGUCCUUGAUAAAAGACUCCUCCCCGGAGUUUUGCGUGCUGAUCAUGGCCACUCUCUUCGGCUCCUACUCAUUCGUGGGCGGCCUGGGAUCCACCUUCUACGUCUCCUACUUCAACGCGCUCCUUGUCUUUGUCCUCAUCGCUGUUCUCAUCGUCAAGCUAUUCUAUCUCCCAGAAGGACCCGCCCUCCCCUUUGGCGACCUGGGACACAUUUACGACAGGUUGCAGUGUCUGCAGGGUCCUAAAGACAACGAGGAGCAGAGCUUCACCACCUUCUGGUCUGCAGGAUCCCUGGUGUGGAUGGUGCAAGCUGUCUUCAUUGCCGCGGCGGUGACCUUCUGUGACCAGGCCUCCUGGCAGUCCCGCAUCGCCGCCAAGCCCGCUCAGGGGGUCAUCGGGUUCAUCGUGGCGACCUUCUUGUGGUUCGCCGUGCCCUCGACCAUCGGGACGUCGAUCGGAGUGACGUACUUGUCCUUCAGCGCUCACAAUGCAAACGUCACACUGUCCAAUGCUGACAUCGACGCUGGCCUGACAGUGCCUUACAUCGUACAAUAUGCUCUGGGAAGGGAAGGGAGCUUCAUAGUUCUAACUAUAUUCACCAUGCUGAUGAUGUCCACGGGGUCAGGAGAGGUCAUGGCCAUCUCAUCCAUCAUCGUCUAUGACAUUUGCCAAUCCUACGUCUGGCCCUUCAGGCAAGGACACAAAGUCGGUCACUGCAUCAUCUGCAGCAAGGUCAAAGGUGACAGCCAGAAAGUCCUGAACACGGGACAGCGGGACGAGAAGUGUCAGUGUCCACCGGUAAUAGAAUGUUUGCAGUGUGCCCUCGACCAGGAACUGAUCCUGACCACGCAGGGUUUGAGAACACAGAUGAUACACUAUACGUGCGAAGUGCAUGGACAAUACAGGUCUUACCAGGACAUCAUGGUGCGAUUUAAAAACUGGUGCAUCAUGGGUGUGACCCUCGGCAUCGUGCCCUUUGGCCUGAUCAUGAUUAGCACGGGGGUGGACUUGAACUGGAUCUUCCUGACAGGCUGCAUCGUCACCAUCCCCUGCUUUCCCGGAUCCGUUCUCUGCAUCCUCUGGGUCAAGGUCACUGCCAAGGGCAUGGUCAUUGGCUCCUUGUGUGGUCUUCUUUGCGGGGUAGGAGCCACCCUCCUCAAAGCGUCGGCCUUGCCCGGGGGUCUCGGCGACUUUGUCCUCAACACAUCCGACCCGCUGACCGUCCUCGUCGGUGCCUGCGUCAGCUUCUUCGUCACAUUGAUCGUCACUAUUGUCGUCUCUGUGUGCACGCACGCGAUAAAAUCCGAGGAUGACGCCAGGCGGGAAUGGGAGAAGCUGCGAGACAUCGACAACCCCUUGAACCCCUGGCUGGAGUUCUACCGCGAUGAGUUUCCAGAGAUGAGUGGGAACGAGAAGCCGACCUACAAGGACAUGGAGAAGGUCUUCCGCAAGGGCAAGGUCGCCGCCAUCGUGGGGAGCGCGUGCUGCAUCCUCUUGUUCGUCGUCGUCAUCCCAGGCUCCAUGGCGUCCAUGCACGUGCUGGAUGCGGGUCAGUUCCGGGGCUGGGUCACCGCCAUGCACUCUUGGUGCUUCAUCAUGGCCGGGCUGGCCAUCGUGGUGGCGCCACUGGAGGAGGUGGUGGUCAUCGUUCGUGAACUCAGACAACGGGGCAUCAAGAAACUGCCGACAGAGGCAGCUCAUUCCAGUUCAACGUGUGCAGGCAAUUGUAACAACAGUCACCAAGUCCAUAUAAUGAACAACAUGGCGACCACGAAACUUUAGAGCAAGGGAAAUGGUAAGCUGGGAUUAAAUGAUACAAACUGAAUCAUGUCCCAUCAAAAUUUUCCGGUUGCAAGUAAAUCAAUUUUUUACAAUUUUUUUAAAAUCCUGAAACCUGUGUUUUCGAGGCGAUUUAUGUAAACGGUUGUCAUGCGAUCUGAACAUGAUUCAGAAUGUCAAAACCAAUCAUUUGAAUCCACUGUACCAUCUCGCUUGCUUGUCCCUUUAACCAUCUAUUCCCUCAGUAAAUGCGUUUACACGUCCUGUACAGCAAGUU